AAGUGGAGCCGGUGGAGCCACCUCCAAAAACAUUGACGCCAAGCAAGGAGGCGUACAUGUAUUGGACACGACCAGCCGUACUGGCCUUAAUCGAACGAUGUGCCAAGAUGGAAAAAAAAAGUAAUCCUGUCUCCAGGACGUUCUGGAAAGGGCUGGCCGAGACCCUCAAUGAAAUGGGGUACCCAGUCACUGAGGACCAGUGUUGCAAUAAAUGGAAAAAUUUGAAAAAAGCGUAUAAAGGUGUUAAGGACCACAACGCCAAGAGCGGCAACGACAGGAAGGAUUGGCCAUUCCUCAAGGAAAUGGAUGAAAUCUUCGGGCGAAGGCCGGAGGUGGUCCCUCUGGCUGUUGCGAGCACCUCAGUUGGUCUGAGCGUCAGGGAAACCGGAGAGGAGCCGAAGGCGGAGUGCAGCCGAGGAAGCAAGAGAAAGUCGAAACUCUCGGAGUCACAUGAGUUGCUGUCCAAAAAAAUGGCCUUAGAAGAAAGGAAAGUCAAGGCCCUAGAGGAUUUUAAUUGUUUUUUUAAAGAUUUUAUAGAACUCAAGAAAGCAGAAAAAGCCAGAGCGGAAGAAGAGCUAUGA